AUGUUCAAAUUCAGUUCUUUGAUGCUCAUUUUGGGGAUUGUUUCGACGCAGAAAAUUGGAGAACGACAAACAUCACAUUUCCAUCACGCCAUAGGACACCUCAAGGAAAUACCCAAAAGGUUUGAAGUUAAAAGUGAUAAUGCUGCAGAGAUAUUUAAGAAAUAUAUUAACGAUAUAGAAGAGUUAGCUACUCAAGAUAAUUUAACAAUUAUUUACAAAGUCAAGGUUGAUGUACAGAAACCUAAUAAAAAGAGGAACAUCAUGAAUAGAAUAAUAAAAAAGAACAAGUCCAAGAAAUACAACAUUCCAUUGAAGAAGCAGAGUAUGAAAUUAUCCAAUUUUGAAGUUUUACUAAGAAAACUAGCAGAAGAGAAUGAUUUAAAUUCACGAAAAUCUGAAGAUAAUACGCCAACAACAAACAAAAUUCCAAUUUCAAGUAUGAGACAAAUUCAUUUGAAAUUCAAACCGAUUAUUAGUGGUGUUAGAGCUAACUACACAAAAAUCGUGAAACCAGUGAAGGAUAGAUUUAUUACAUUGACAGUGUAA